CAGUUUGUCGCAGUGAAUUGUGGGAUAGAAAUUCACAGACAUGGCGUCCCGUGCGCUUGCACACUGUAUGCGCUCCGUCGCUCGCGCCUCUGCAAGGUUAAAUCAUGGCAACGUGCUAACAAGAUCCGCCUGCGCGCCGCUAGCCUCAAACCAGCGCGCGCUCUCUGUCCUUUCAUGCGGCCAGCGGACGAGGUGGACUGACCUAGUGCGGAUUUCAGACCCGUCUGUUCAUCUGUGUCGGCAUUACGGUGAUCUUCCACCCCUCACUUUAGAGAACAUCAAAGACCGUGUUAUGUACGUCCUUAAACUGUAUGAUAAGAUCAAUCCAGAUAAGCUUCAAACAUCGUCUCAUUUCAUGAAAGACCUGGGGCUGGACAGCUUGGACCAGGUGGAGAUUAUAAUGGCUAUGGAAGAUGAGUUCGGAUUUGAGAUCCCAGAUGCAGAGGCGGAGAAGCUUAUGACUCCUGAGGAGAUCGUACAGUACAUUGCAGAUAAAAAAGAUGUGUGUGAAUAGAGGCAAGAUUGACUCUGUAUUAAACAAUAUGGAUGUGGAUCAGCUGUAUCCACUCUGUGUCCAGUUUCUAUCAUACUGUUUUCUGUCUCUUGGAUAUGGAGUCAACUGCCUUGUCAUGUGUAUCAUUGUAUUUAAUGAAAAUGUCACUAAACUCUUGGGAACUUGAGCUGAAAAUAAAGCCAAGACUAAAGUGUAA